CAAUUGGUGUUGAAAGUUAGGCCUGCCGAAUUUUGAAAUUGUGCAGAUGCUCUUGCAGGUAGUCCCACCUCCCGUGCUUUAGAAAGUGUGACGCGUUUUUACGCACAGUAGCUUUGCAGACUACACUUGGAGGCUGCUGGGCAUGUACAGUGGACUUAGCCUGUAUAUAUCCUCAAAUAGAGGAUGACUUCCGACAACUGAGACUCUGGAUACCUGGCGCAACUCUUCUCCCGGAGAGAUGCUGGAAUCCAACAAGUCCUUGCGUGAGAGCAAUGCCACCAAAAGUGGCAACUGUGGAUCCGUAUCAGUUGUUUUCCCCAUUACUAUGAUGGUAACGGGAAUGGUGGGCAAUUCUCUCGCUCUUAUGCUGGUAUAUAGCUCGUACAGAAAAAAAGAAAAUAACAGGAAAAAGUCUUUCCUACUCUGCAUAGGGUCGCUGGCAUUGACUGAUCUGUUUGGGCAGCUUCUCACCAGCCCGAUAGUUAUAUCGGUUUACAGAGCCGAUUUGAAAUGGGACCGCAUAGACUCAUCGGGGAGUCUGUGUGCUUUCUUUGGAGUCUGUAUGACAACUUUUGGCUUGUGUUCUCUAUUCUUUGCCAGCGCAAUGGCAAUUGAGAGGGCAUUGGCGAUUACAAGUCCUCAUUGGUACUCCAAUCACAUGAAGACACGUGUGACGAAGCAAAUUCUGGCAGUUAUAUGGUGUCUUGUUCUGUUUUUCUCGCUGUUGCCGGUCGCAGGAGUUGGGCACUAUACGCUGCAAUGGCCAGGCACUUGGUGCUUCAUAAGCACUGGAGACAGAGAAGUUCCGGGCAACAUGUUUUUCUCCAUCACUUUCGCUGUUCUUGGGAUAUUCUCACUUCUUGUGACUUUCUCCUGCAACGUCGUCACAAUUCGUGGAUUACUUAUUCGUUGCAAAACGAAAUCGGGCACAUCUCACUCAUCCAAGCAGUGGGAACGAUUAACCACGGAGACAGUCAUUCAACUAUUGGGAAUCAUGUGUGUACUGCUUAUAUGCUGGGCUCCUUUACUGGUGCUGAUGUUAAGAAUGAUCUCGACACAGACGUCUUCACAUCACUGCAAAGCGGCAGAGGUGUCUUUCACUCCUCGUCAAGACGUCCAGGUGGACUGUAACUUCUUUCUCACCGCCAUUCGCCUGGCCUCUCUGAACCAGAUCCUGGACCCUUGGGUUUACCUGCUUCUAAGGGAGAUUAUACUGCGCAAGUUCUGCCAGGUGGCCAAUGCUGUGUCCAACUGCUCCAUAGAUGGACAAAAGGAGACUCAGGCGGCCCUGGAUGCUCUCAACAAGCAGCCUUCUGACACUAACGGUCUGUAGAAAGAGUAAAUGGACCCGAUCAAACUUAAGGAUGACCUGACCUGAUUACAAUUUUUUUUCCCGAUCACCCACAGUCCAAAAACAGUUAUUGUGCAAUAAUGUUGUGCCACUAAUAACAUAAAUUACUUUGUUAGUGUGUUAAUGGACCUGGCAAUGCUCUCCAUGUGCACACAUUUUUGUUUGGUUGCAUAUAUUCUCGUGAGGCUCACAAAACCAGCAUGUGAAAACGUGACCUCUGCAACCUUCACUUUGGACUGUUAAAGCCAAUGACUUCCAGGGGGAUUUUUUUCAUGAUUGCUCAAUAGCAUUACACCCCUACCAAACACAAACAGACAUUCUCAAUCAGAAGAUACUAUUUUGUUUUUCAACCAACAAGUUAAAACAAUGUCAGUGAAUUAUUGAAUGAAUUAGUGCUCGUAAGGGGAUGUGAUGCAGCCUUUUGACAGUUGACAACUGUUGGUGGAAUAUAGUUUUUGACUUUCUGGAAUCACAUUUGCAUUUCAUGUAACAAAGUUGACGUUAAAUGUAAUGAUGGCUGGAAUGUGUGACAUGUUUAAUUCAAAUCAUUCUUCACUUUGUCAUCUGUAAUAGACUAGAUUUGUAACCACAUUUAAAAAAAGGGGAACAUCUGCAAGGCAAGUGUACUCGAAACUGGAAUAGAUUGCGCAGUAUUAUAUAUGCUAAUUUAGAAGAUUGCAAAAUGCGUUGAUAUAUGGAAAAGGCAUUGAUAUUUGUUGUUUCUGUGUUGAACACUGAAAUGUGGGUUUAACUCUGAAUGUGCUGAAGAUGCUACCUAUUGGGGAUAUGCUGUCAUAUGUACAGGGGGGUCCACAAUUAUUCGCACCCUUGAUAAAAAAUGAGCAAAAAAAACAGUAUCAAAUAAAUAGGAAAUGUAUAUUAUUUUAUGCUAAUACAAUUGCUCUGAUAAAGAUUUUGUUUAACUCCUGAGUGGCGCAGCGGUCUAAGGCACUGCAUCUCAGUGCUAGAGGCGUCACUACAGACACCCUGGUUCAGUGGUCUAAGGCACUGCAUGCUAGAGGCGUCACUACACUAGCCUGGUUGGAAUAGGGCAGCGCACAAUUGUCCCAUAGGGCAGCGCACAAUUGGCCCAGCGUUGUCCGGGUUUGGCCGGUGUAGGCCGUCAUUGUAAAUAAGAAUUUGUUCUUAACUGACUUGCCUAGUUGGAGAAAGGUUAAAUACAAAAAAAUAAUAAUAAUAAUUAAAACUCUAAAAGAUAGGGGUAAAAAUUAUUGGCACCCCUGUUUGCAGUAGGCCUACUCCUACCCUUGCGAGGAUAACGCCACGGUUGAUGGAAUAUCGUUUUUGACCUAAUGGUAUUACAUUUGCAUUUCACAUAACAAAGUUGAUGUUAAAUGUAAUGAUGCAUGGAAUGUGUGACAUGUUUAAUUCCAAUAGUUCUUAACUUUUUUUCUAAACUGUUUAAAAACCACAACAAGACGGUUGAGCUAACGUAGGCUACUGUGCUUAGGUUGUAAGUAACAAGACAAUUUCCCAGGACAUAGACAUAUUUGAUAUGGGCAGAAAGCUUAAAUUCUUGGUAAUCUAACUGCACUCUUCAAUUUACAGUAGCUAUUACAGUGAAAGAAUACCAUGCUAUUUUUUGAGGAGAGUGCACAGUUGUGAACUUGAACAUGUAUUUAUAAAUCAAGUAGACACAUUUGGGAUACAACAUUUUGAACAUCAAUACAAAGGUUCAUUGGAUCAGUCUAAUACUUUGCACAUUCACUGCUGCCAUCUAGUGGACAAUAUCUAAAUUGAGACUGGGCUGGAACAAUACAUUAUGGCCUUUCUCUUACAUUUCAAAGACGGUACAAAAAAAAAUGUUUUUUACUUUGUAUUAUCUUUUACCAGACCUAAUGUGUUAUAUUUUCCUACAUUAAUUUAACAUUUCCACAAACUUCAAAGUGUUUCCUUUCAAAUGGUAUCAAGAAUAUGCAAAUCCUUGCUUCAGGUAUUGAGCUACAGGCAGUUAGUUUUGGGUAUGUCAUUUUAGGCGAAAAUUGGGGGUGGGAAAUGGUUCAAUCCUUAAAUGAAUGAGAUUGGAGAACAGUUUGGGAGGGAUCUUGGAACAUUCCUCCAUACAGAAUAUUUCCAGAUCCUUGAUAUCCUUUGUCUGGGCUUAUGGACGGCCCUCUUCAAAUGGGGUUCAAGUCCGACAGAUGGCCAUUGCAAAAUGUUGAUUUUGUGGUCAAUUAACCAAGACAGAAUAAAAUUGCCCCAUUUUUUUGAGCAUACUAUAUAGCUCACUAUUUAUAUUAUUUAUUUGAUUAUCUUUUAUGCUUAUCUCUAUCAAGGGUGCCAAUAAUUAUGGACCCCAUUGAGCUUCUGCUAUUUACAUUUUGGUAAUUUACAUUUUGGUCAUGUAAAGGUUUUGUUUAUUCCUAUUGUCUCUUGAAUUUCUUGUUUUAUAAGGGAUUGAAUAUGUUCAAACAAAAGCCUUGGAAGACCUGAUUGAAUGAUUUUUCUUAAGCAUGUACUGUAUAUUUCUCAUAUGGUCAUGCCUGCAGCAGCCUAUGCUGUGAGUGGAUAUGAUAAUGUCCUCUUUCAUGUUGUAUGGUAGUUCAUGAAUCAUGUCAGUGGGAUGGUGUUCUCCAUGAGCCGUUACUUCUUCAUCAGUCCUGGACAACAACAUGAAUGACGUCAUACUGUACAGUGCCUCACCUUGCCUUACCAUGCCUAGCAUAUUGAAAAACAUGUAUGAGCCAACUACCUAGGUGGUUACUUGGGUAACAUAAUGAUGCUAACUGGCAGGCAAACUUGAGAGCUUGUGUAUUUUCAGUUUCUCACCUAUGCCAAUAAUUAUCUGUCAACAUUGUUAUUACAGACAGAAUUUCUUCAAUGAUUGUCAAACCAGUCUGCCUCAGAAACCAGCUCAAGUGUUUAACCGUAGGAAGUUAUUGAGAUUAAAGGGAGAGAUAAGCGUUGAAUACUGUGCUAUUGCAGCAAGGAGAUCAGUUUAUCUAUGGUGUUUUAAGUGCAUUUUGCAGAGGAACACAUUUCUGUGACAUUGAGUAAGGUUUAUAUUUACGUCACGUUCUUUGUUCACUAUUAAUGUGCAAUCAGGGAUUUGCAUGUUAUUUGUUUAUUAUAGGUGUUGAACAUGCUAAUGUAUCAUUUUGAGAGGCGAGUUUCUACGAUAUCCAGUGGUCAAUUUAAUGAAGGGAUUUGAAUCUCUCUGUUCGUCUAGAAAUUAGUUUCACUCCAGGGUUGCGUUCAAGCAUUUAACAUAAUUAUUAUGUACAGGUUGCCCUGAGACAUGAUUGUGUGAUGAACGCAAUUACUCUCAGAUUGAAUUAACUUCAACUUAAUGAACUGUAUAUUUGUAAGCAGAGUUUACGUCAUCUUUCUCAUGACAGAAAACAUUCAGAUGUUUUAAUUGCCACAUGUACAGGGUUGCAGGUGUGAUUGCAGGGUACAGUGAAAAUAUGAGGCUUCGAGCUCCAACAUGCAGGACUAGUGAAAUAAAGUCAUGAAAAUGGUAAUAAAACAAUAGAAAUAGAACUAUAUACAUAACAACAACUGUGGCAGUGAUGAAUACAUAAAAUGUCCAGAGUAAAGACUGUUGAGGGGGUGGGGUGGAAUGCCCAUAGGGGGAGCAGCAGCAUGACCAGUGAGUGAAAUAAAAACUAAAGUAAUCAUUUCCAUAUUAACAACUGCAACAGUGAUAAAUGUCAUUGGGGUGGGGGCAGAGUAAAGUCCGUUGGGCGGGGGAGCAACAGGAGAAAGAGUGUCCAUAGGGGGAGUUGUUACAUGUAAAUUAAGUGAGAGUUGAGGGUGUGGGGGUGUUGCCGUACCAGGCUGUGAUGCAGCCCAACAGUAUGCUCUCGAUGGUGCUCCUGCAGAACACUGAACACCGGAUUUCUUCGGCAUCGAGAGGUUGAAGAGUUGCUGUCGUGCCUUCUUCACUACGGCGUCCAUGUGGUUAGACCAUUUCAGCUUCUCUGAGAUGUGUACGCUGAGAAAUUAUUGCCCGUCUCCACGGCGGCCCUGUUGAUGAGGAUCGGGGCGUGUCCAGCCUGGUUCCUUCUGAAGUACACAAUCCGCUCCUUUGUUUUGCUAACAUUGAGGGAGUGGUUGUUUACCUGGCACAAUGCCAUCAGAGAGCCUACCUCCUCCCUGUAGUCUUUCUCAUCAUUGUUGGUAAUCAGGCCUACUACUGUUGUGUCGUCAGCGAACUUGAUGAUGGAGUUGGAACUGUGUGAGGCCACGCAGUCAUGGGUAAACAGAUAAUACAGAAGGGGACUGAAGACGCACCCUUGUGGGAGCUUAUAGGGCACUAUGGUAUUGAAAGCAGAGGUGUAUUCAAUGAACAGCAUCCUCACAUAGGCAUUCCUUUUGUCCAGGUGGCUAUGGGCAGUGUGCUGUGCGUCUGUGGAUCUGUCAGGGCGGUAGGCAAAAUAGAGAGGGUCGAGUGUGUCGGGAGGGAGGAGGUGAUAUGGUCUUUGACUAGCCUCUCAAAGCACUUCAUGAUUACGGAAGUGAGUGCUACUGGUCAGUAGUUAUUCAGUUCAGUUACUUUCCCUUUCUUGGGCAUAGGGAUGAUACUGGACAUCUUGAAGCAGGUGGGUAUAGAGGCCUGAACUAGGGAGAGAUUGAAAAUGCCAGACACAACAGCCAGCUGCUCUGCUGAGGGCACGGCUAGAGAUGCCAUCUGGGCCGGCAGCCUUGCGAGGAUUAACACAUUUUAAUGUCUUACAUACUGUGGAGACUGUGUGCGUAGCCCACGUUGUCACCAGGGGCUCUCUUCAGUAACCCAGGGUCAUAGUGCUCCAUUUUUCAGAAAGGUGUCUAGCUCGUCUGGUAGGGUGGCAUUGGUGUCGGUGACGUGGCUGGCUUUCUUUUUGUAAUCCGUGAUCGUUAUGAGCCCCUGUCACAUACGCCUUGUGUCCGACCCGCUGAAUUGCUCCUCCACUUUGUCUCAAUACUUGUGUUUUGCCAUCUUGAUCGUUCUGCCUAAGUCAUAUUUGUACUGUUUAAACAAACUAAGGUCCCCGGUCAACCUUGCCAAGUUUUCCUACAAGGUUCCUAUCAAACCACGAUUUUUGAUUCGGGUACGAUUUGAAAGAAACUAAAGGUGUCACGUCAUCUAUGCAUUUUUUGAUGAACAUGCUGUUAUACCAUUUUAAUUGUCCAUAGGCAAUUUUCCAAGGCUUUACUCUUCAAAUCACGUGGAGGCAAAUUACAUUUUCCUCAUGCAGUGCUUCCACAAUAGAAAGGAAAAAAGGUGAUAAUGAUCCCUGCUGAGUACACUGGCUCCGUUUCAACACUUGCAGUUCCAUAAUGAGCUUUGCAAGAUAUCAUUUGCUCUCAUAAAAUAUGAAUGAAUUAGACCAUUAGGCCUACUACUCAGAGAUAUGUGGAUAGAGGAUUUUGAGAAAAAUAACUUGAAUGUUGGCUUAGCCUUGCAGAACAGGAUCUCUGCUAAGAGAAAAUAAUGCAUACACUGUAAUUCAAUGUUGCACCCUCAGGGGUAACACUGAGGUACUACAUUAAGGUACCCUUUAUUUGGGUUUUAAAGGCGCUUAAUUAUAGUUCCUAUUGUAGAGACCAUAACACAACACCUAGCACCUUCUCCAAGAGGUUUGUAAGGGCUAAGUUGUUGGAUUGACAGUCAUUGGACCCGGAUUUGAGUUCUGGGCAGGGCCACCCCUAAAAUGCGCUGCAUCGGUGUAAGACAUGAGUUGAAGCUACCAUGAUGCCAUUGACGGGGUGCCCUGAGGAGCUUGAGAAAGAAAAUCACAGGGGCGUACUUUCACGAAGGACCAUUCUAGGCAAGAGGUACGGAUCUCUCGAUUUACAGCUAAGAUGUUGUGUUGAUGGUUUGAAUACUGGUUGGACUACUCCUGAAUUCGCUGCAAUAAGUCGUUUAUAAAUAAUGAGUUCUUCUAAAAUUUGAUAUUAGUUUAAAUUGUGUGAUUUGUCAUUUUGGUGAUGCCAAAUAAUUGAUUUAUAUUGCUCCCACUGUAUUUUCUGUUAUUGUUAUUGAUGUUGCUGCAGGAAAAUAACCCUGCAGCAACAGCUAAUUAAAAAUAUAUAUAUAUAUUUCACCUUUAUUUAACCAGGUAGGCAAGUUGAGAACAAGUUCUCAUUUAAAAUUGCGACCUGGCAGAGAUAAAGCAAAGCAGUUCGACACAUACAACACAGAGUUGCACAUGGAGUAAAACAAACAUACAGUCAAUAAUACAGUAGAAAAAAUAAGUCUAUAUAAAAUGUGAGCAAAUGAGGUGAGAUAAGGAAGGUAAAGGCAAAAAAAGGCCAUGGUGGCGAGGUAAAUACAAUAUAGCAAGUAAAACACUGGAAUUGUAGAUUUGCAGUGGAAGAAUGUGCAAAGUAGAAAUAGAAAUUAUGGGGUGCAAAGGAGCAAAAUAAAUAAAUACAGUAGGGGAAGAGGUAGUUGUUUGUGCUAAAUUAUAGAUGGGCUAUGUACAGGUGCAGUAAUCUGUGAGCUGCUCUGACAGCUGGUGCUUAAAGCUAGUGAAGGAUAUAAGUGUUUCCAGUUUCAGAGAUUUUUGUAGUUUGUUCCAGUCAUUGGCAGCAGAGAACUGGAAGGAGAGGCGGCCAAAGGAAGAAUUGGCUUUGGGGAUGACCAGAGAGAUAUACCUGCUGGAGCGCGUGCUACAGGUGGGUGCUGCUAUGGUGACCAGCGAGCUGAGAUAAGGGGGGACUUGACCUAGCAGGGUCUUGUAGAAGACCUGGAGCCAGUGUGUUUGGCGAUGAGUAUGAAGCGAGGACCAGCCAACGAAAACGUACAGGUCACAGUGGUGGGUAGUAUAUGGGGCUUUGGUGACAAAACGGAUGGCACUGUGAUAGACUGCAUCCACUUUAUUGAGUAAGGUAUUGGAGGCUAUUUUGUAAAUGACAUCGCCGAAGUCGAGGAUCGGCAGGAUGGCCAGUUUACGAGGGUAUGUUUGGCAGCAUGUGUGAAGGAUGCUUUGUUGUGAAAUAGGAAGCCAAUUCUAGAUUUAACUUUGGAUUGGAGAUGUUUGAUGUGAGUCUGGAAGGAGAGUUUACAGUCUAAACAGACACCUAGGUAUUUGUAGUUGUCCACAUAUUCUAAGUCAGAACCGUCCAGAGUAGUGAUGCUGGACGGGCGGGCAGGUGCAGACAGCGAUCGGUUGAAGAGUAUGCAUUUAGCUUUACUUGUAUUUAAGAACAGUUGGAGGCCACGGAAGGAGAGUUGUAUGGCAUUGAAGCUCGUCUGGAGGUUAGUUAACACAGUGUCCAAAGAAGGGCCAGAAGUAUACAGAAUGGUGUCGUCUGCGUAGAGGUGGAUCAGAGACUCACUAGCAGCAAGAACAACAUCAUUGAUACAUUUUUCAUUAGGGCACAUAAAGUCUGACAUGUUAAAGUGGGAACUACAAACUUAAAAGCCUUUAUAAACGAGUAUGAAGCGAGGGCCAAGUCUAUAUUACAUUUCUUGCGGUGCAGAAACAUUAUCAGCUACAAAAGAGUGAUCCAAUUAAGAUCCUACAUCUGUACACACCCACACAUGACUAAACUGCUUGGAGUAACACUAGAUUGUAAACUGUCAUGGUCAAAACAUAUUGAUGCAGUAGUAGCUCAGAUGGAGAGAAGUCUGUCUAUAAUAAAGUGAUGCUCUGCCUUCUUAACAACACUAUCAACAAGGCAGGUCCUACAUGCCCUAGUUUUGUCGCACCUUGCCUACUGUUCAGUCGUGUGGUCAGGUGCCACAAAAAAGGACUUUGGAAAAUUGCAUUUGGCUCAGAACAGGGCAGCACGGGGAGUGGCCCUUGGAUGUACACAGAGAGCUACUAUUAAUAAUAUGCAUGUCUCCUGGCUGAAUGUGGAGGAGAGAUUGACUUCAUCACUACCUUUUAUGAAAGGUAUUGACAUGUUGAAUGCACCGAGCUGUCUGUCUAAACUACUAAUGCACCGAGCUGUCUGUCUAAGACAUGCCACGAGAGGUCUCUUCACAGUCCCCAAGUCCAGAACAGACUAUGGGAGGUACACAGUACUACAUCGAGCCAUGACUACAUGGAACUCUAUUCCACAUCAAGUAACUGACGCAAGCAGUCAAAUUUGAUUUAAUAAGCAGAUUAAAAACACCUUAUGGAACAGUGGGGACUGUGAAGCAACACAAACAUUGGCACAGACACACACACACAUAUGAUAACAUAUGCACUAUACAUACCAAUGGAUUUAGUACUGUAGAUAUGUGGUAAUGGUGAAGUAGGGGCCUGAGGGCACACAGUGUGUUGUGAAAUAUGUGAAUGUAAUGUUUAAAAAUGUUAUAAACUAAUUCAUUUUGCUGGACCCCAGGAAGCCAUGCAGCAGCUAAUGGCGAUCCAUAAUAAAUACAAAUACAUAUAGCUCACUAUUUGAGCAAGCACCAAAAUGACAAUCACCUCAUUCUUUGGGUUAAUAACAAUUAGCAGUCUAAAAACUACUACUCUUUACAGCCCUCCUAAAGUCAUCUGCAUACAUAGGUUUGGUUUGCUCCUAGCAGAACUCGGCUAGGCGAAGUGAACGUCUGUGUUCGCAUACUCCCUUAAAAUCGCUUGAGAAACGAGACAAAAGCGACAAUAUUACUGUUUGUCCCUCUUGAGAUGCUGUAUCAACAACAUAGCCAGUACACUAAUUCAGACUAUUCUUGAGAAAUCUAAGAUAAUUUAGAAAUCUGUAAUUCAUUGACAUUAUAAGCAAAGAGAUCUUAGACAUGCAAUUUCUUCAUCUAACUAAGAUGUUUGGUGCUGUAUUUUUUUAAGUGAAAAAAUGCGCAUGAACUAGUAUUCUUAAUAGAAGAAUCCCUACUGUUUGAAUUACCGACGAAGGGGCGUAGUCUCCGGCUACCAAAAUUUGACAAACCUCAAGAAAAAUAAAUGGUGUGCUCGAAGAGCCGAAAAACCCCCCCUGCCAAACACCAAAACGUCACAAAUGUUUGUCAUAAAAAAUGUGCAAGCUGUUUAGACUGGGAAGCAUACGGUAAAGCUAGGGUACCUUAAUGAAAAGUACCUUCAUUUUUUCCUUUUUUUUUGCCUUACACCAAAACCGCUAGAACCCAGCUCUGAUUAAUAGGGCUAUAUAACCUGUUGUGAGCAGACCAGCAUGCAGCCUGAGCAAUUAUCCACAAUAGAGAUCUGCUUCGUAUUCAGUCGAUAAUUGCAUCAUUUUGAGAAUAGUGUUUUAUGAGCCCUGGAGGGUCCACAGUUGCUAACUGAAUCCAGGUUGCUUUGUCAGAUCACUCAUGCAUCUAGCUGAUGAUCUGUUUUCCCCGUGGACAGUCAGUGCCCAAAGUCAGUUGACAAAGGAUCCUGGUAAAGAUAAGAGAGAACAUGGCAUAUCAUAUAUGCUGAAAGACGUAUGAUGAGGAUAUUUUUGUAUUCUACCCUCAUGCGGUAUGACUGAGUUAAAUUUUGAUUCAUGAAAUACACCAUUUCUAUGUGCCUGUUUGUGUAGUUAGAGUCUAUUCCAAGGGAAUUAAUCCCUUUAAAAAACAAAACAAGGAAAUCCAUCAUACAUUUCAUGAUGACUUGUUUGAGCUGUUAAGCUUGUCUUAUAUUAUGUAUUCAUUUGAGCCUUCUGUAAAAAGCCUGUUCUGACCAUGCUCAAUUUAACUGCCUAGGUGGGAAAUAAUUGUACAAUUGAUAGAGCUCAAGUGAUGCGUACAAUACUUCACUCUUCUGUCUCUGCAAAGAUUUUCUAAAUGUUACCUGAUGGAUUCAAAAUGUAUAACUAUGGUGCAUGCAAUGGAAACAAACAUAUUUUGCUUGUGCCCACUAGCAAAUGCUCUACUAGUGAAUGUUAAAAUCUCAGAUGACUAUCAGGCAAAGUCGAUGUCUUUUCAAGUUCAAGGCAUUUGCUUCUGAAUGUGACGCGUGAACAUUUAUUUUUAGUAUGUGGAAAAAGUCCUUCAACAAACUCUGAUCUCUGAGACGCAAUUCUCUAGAUGAGGGCUACCUACAUUUGAAUUGUUCAUGUAACAUGUGAUUCUAAUAAUUGUAAUUUAGUAUUGGUACACAAUGUUGUAGUUAGAAGAAGCUUGGAACUUGUUUCACUGUGUAAGUCAUUGUGAUGUAUCGGUCGAGUUUCCUGCUGCCAAAUACCACUGUCAAAGAGGAUUAUGUAACAUUAGGGAAAGAGGGGCAUAUGCUCCUUACCACCAUUCAUUAAACUGUCCUCUGGGUGGGUCAGUAUCCUCAUACCUGACUCAUAGAUAUGAAAACAUGAAAUGCACUUUUGAUUCAUGCUCUGUAAUAUUAUAUUAUUGCGUAUGUGAUGUUGCAUCAUUGAAAAUCCCAUUAAAGAUUAUGAACAUACUUUUCAA